UGUGAUUCGUUGCACACGUGUGGCGCGACCGUUGUGACUUUUCGACGUCGGCGACUGGUUUCGCUUCAUCUUUUGCACAUUUAUUCGAUUUGUUAUAGUUAAUGAGUAUCGAAUACCCAUAAAACAGAAGGCUUUUAUUCGUAUUUCAUUGGGGGACUCGUCGUCCCAACGCUUUACGAAGUUUUACAGUUUUUUUGUUGAGGACACAGGAUGUCGAUCAAGAGAUCUGAGAUGCCUGUUAAAAUCAGUGAGCCCGAUCCAGAGUCGAAAUUUAUUGAAGACAGACUUCAUUGGGCAAUUCUUCGAGGAAAGACAGUCACUGUUAGCAAAUUGCUUGACUCUGGUGUUCCUGUCGAGUUGGCUAAUCAAUAUGGACAAACUCCUUUAUUCUGUGCAUCCUUCCAAGGGCAUUACGAUAUAGUGAAACUUUUGCUGAAGCUUGGUGCUGAUCCCAACAGGCGGUGUACAAUUCUGUGCUUCACUCCAGUGCAUGCUGCGUGCUGGAGUGGGAACACUAAUCUGCUCACUUCCUUAUUGAUUGCAGGAGGGGAUCUUCGACUGCACGAUCAAAACAACCAGUCACCUCGUGAUUGGGCUACCAUGCAGCCACAUUCUGAAAGCCAACUGGCCACUCUUUCAUUGAUAGAACGCUUCCGUGAAGCGUCGAUGAAGAACAACGAAGUGAAUGUUUUCGAUUCUGGAGUUGCGGAAUUAAACAAUCCUAGUUCUACUUCUCGGGGGCACAGUGCUACAUCGAAAUUGCCGACAAUUGUGCGAAACAAACUUGCUGCGAUAGGUUGGCUGCCUAGCAAAAGUUGCGAAUUUAUUGGACCUUUAGUCAACGUUAAAGGCACUGGUUUUGGCAAGAUCCUUUACGGGCGUGGAGAGAGCGCAGCUGCCCUUUGGCCAGUGCCAUUGAUUAACGAGUCAGAAAUAAGCGAUCCCGACGACGAAGGACCCCGAGGUAUUGCUUACAGAUCCGGUCCGACGACUGAAAUGAUAUCAAGAAGCUGGUAUCAAACUCCCGUUACUAUUCGGCGCAUGAGAGACAAUCAACCUCCUGAUCUGUUAUUGGAAGAGCUUCAAAGCAUGAGCCGGUUGAGGCAUCACGGAUUGUUGAUGUUGUUGGGAGUCUGUGCGACACAACAUUGGGAGAGCGUGCAACUUGUAUACGAACCUGUUUGUCAAGGAUCUUUACAUCAUAGACUCCACAUAAUGGGAUCUUCCAUUUCACUUAUGAAACGACUGCUUGUAUUGCAGCAGAUUUGUGAUGCCUUGCUGUUUCUUCACUCUAAGGAGUUGUUACAUUGCAGCGUUUCAUCACAUGCUGUUCAAUUAGUAUCCACUGGCCGAGCCAAGUUAGGAUGCUUGGAGACUAUGACGGAAGAUAAUGAUUUAUCAAAAAGUGAUGCUUAUCUGAAAGUCCCUUCUUCACACUGGGAAUGGAUGGCUCCUUGGCUUGCACCGGAAUGUGCCCGCGGAGAGUUUGCCACCACCCUUUCUGAUAUAUAUUCGUUUUGCUGUCUGGUCUGGGAGACGUUCUCAGAGAAAAUACCUUGGUCAGAUCUGGAUUCAAAAAAAAUAAAUCGAAUGUGGCAAAAGGAGAGUUGCAACAAUCCAAGAAUGCUUCCGCUCGGGUCGGCUAUCCCUCGUCAUAUUACGAGUUUUCUCAAACUGGGCCUUCGACCGGAAUCGAGUGAACGACGUGGAAUUGAUUUGCAGGAAAUCUAUUUGAUGCUUCGUCUUCAGUUAGCUGCAGUGUCUCACUCGCAGCGGAAAGAUGUUCAUCAAAAGUCAAGCCCUCACCCAGUUAGAAUAGAUUCUCCGACUCCCGUUCCACCAACCUGGACAUCUGAGAUCCAACCCAAACACGGAUGGAAGGCAGUCAAGAAGAGCUUUGAGAAAAGACAGGCGCCACCACCACCACCACCUCCCCUUCCACCUCCCCUUCCACCUCCUCCUCCGGGGCAGCAACAAAUUUUGGACUGCAACGCCGAAAUUAAUCAGUCAACACCUUAUAUACCAAUGCCACAACAGCGAGACGUGCAAAGUUCGAAUAAUUCACAAUGUGCCAUUAAGCCAGCUAGUCACAGUACUGAACGUCAUUCGACCAAUUGGCAGUCUAACCCAGAUGGAAACACGUCGACUUGUCAUACACCACCUAGUCAUCGGGCACAGCCUGCCAAGAUGUAUCGUGAACCGUCUGAAUUUGAAACUUGGCGCACCAAGUUGGACGAGGCUAUAAAAGAUGAUGAUGCAGCUGAAGAGUCGACGGUCGAAGUUCAUCCUUCAUCAACCUCAACGCCAAGGCAUCAGCAUGGAGUAACAUUUUUGGCUUGCAGUUCAGGUUACGACGAUAUUGGAGGGACCAAGCCUAAGCGAUCGCUCAAGUUUCUUUCCGAUGGAAACCACUCCCAUACAUCGCAGGUUCCUAGUUGUUUCACCAUGGCUAAACCCAGUCAAGAAUUUAUUGCAUCCCUGGCUGCAAUUUUCAAUAAGAAGGCUGAAAGCAACAUAAACCAUUCGGGUCUAAACCGGAAAUCGACUUCUACACGUGAAAAGUUAAAACGUGACUGAAGCUCAUGUUCAUUGAGAAAUUCAUUAUAUCGAAUAUUCACUGACUUAUUCGUAUCAUAAUCUAAAUGUUGGUCUUCUGCUUGUCUCGUCUUCAUCUUUCUUUUUCGCGACUUUUGUUUAGUUCACAGAUUCAUUUUCGUUUAUGUUCUUAAUGUUACUUGUCUAACGUUACUUGAACGUUCUAAAGCCUUUUGUCAAAAUUCUCCAACUAUUUGUAUCCGUAACGUAACUCUAAAGGAAUACAUCGCAUUUUUUUCAG